AUCGUGUGAGGAUGUGCUUUAAUAGUCACUUAAACACCAGCAGCGGCAAUGCAGACAGCUUUGGUGGCGACUGUCUGCACCUUUUUAAUCCACUUUUGGAUGAGAUGUGACUGUUUUUCUUUUUUAUUCCAGUGGGAAGGUGCCUUAGGAGCAGGAAUGGAUGACGCCAUGAUUUUCAGGAUGCAUAAAGAUGGCAGGAUAGACUUGGAGAAAUAAGAAGGGAUACAAAGAUAAACAGAGAGCGAGAGAGAGAGAGAAGCGUGUGGAAAAGUGUGUCAGUGAACAUUGGGUCACACUGAAGCUAUAUAUAACGCAGCGUUGGGUUACAGCGAGUGGGUAGUGUUGGGGGUCGCGGGAUGAGCUGGGCAGGGCUCCGGCAGCAGUUGUAGGAGGUGUGGAAAUGAAAUAUUGUAGCGAGAUGUGAUAGGAAUAUAAGUGCAAUAUGAAAAUAGAAUUUGAGUCAAUUGAAAGCUCACAGCUACCACACGAAGGCAUUGUGAACGUAACCCUUGCUUAAUUAGCCUGGCCAAAGGCCACACUGCAGUGACACACGUUCAUUCACACCGAGGUUUUACCCACACAGCUAUGCUGACGCACCGCACUGUGUGGUAAAGCAGUGCUGCAGUUGGAUGAGGCUUUAUAAUCAAAAUAAGCAAGGGCUUAAUGUGACAGGCCUUGGGAUAAAUUCUCUGAAUUAAGAGCUGCUGACAUGUAAUUGUCAACCCGGACUGCUUGCAUCAACAGCCCCCAAACUCCACCAGGUCCCCCUGGGUUAGGCUUCUCAUGCUGCUUGUCCCAUCCUGUGUGGGUCACGAUGAUACUGUAUCACCCCCCACCCCCACCCACAUGAAAAAAGGCAGGUACAGUUUGGCUAAUUAGAAUUGACGGAUAAAAAGCAGAGAUUUGGUGUGAUUAAGUGCCAGAGUAGGAGUGAGACGGGACAGGGAAGAGGGGACCAAAGAAUCCCGAAGUGGACCAAUAGACGCGGGAAGAAGAUGAACGAACAAAUCGAUACAAUUGAAAAGGUGAUGAAUUUAGACCAAGUUCCGCUUUAUGGUGAGUACAAGGAGCAGCUAGGCAGUGGGGCUCAGAGGGAAGCUGCCACUCGGCUGCUGACAGAGAAGCAAUGGGGGGGACAUGUGGGGGGGACGCCCACGGCACCGCUCGCCCCCAGCCACCCCCAGCCUGUCACCAUGGAGACAGGAGCCCCAUCUCCAGGACUCAGCAACACCCCCCCAGCGAAGAAGCCGCAGCCGUACUCCAUGUGCCGAGAGUGUGUGGCGCGGAUACAGAAGUACCUCAUCACCAAACUGGGAGAGGACUGGAUCUUCCUGGUUUUGCUGGGCUUCACCAUGGCUUUGGUCAGCUGGUCCAUGGACUACGCCAGUGCCAGGAGUCUGCAAGUGUAUAAGUGGAUGUACCGGGAGCUGCGGGAGAACGUGCUGCUGCAGUUCCUAGCCUGGGUCACCUACCCCAUGGUCCUCAUCAUCUUCUCCUCCCUCUUUUGCCAUCUGGUCGCACCCCAGUCUGUCGGCUCAGGAAUCCCAGAGAUAAAGACCAUCCUCCGAGGGGUGAUCCUGAAGGAGUACUUGACCCUCAAGGCCUUUGUGGCCAAAGUGAUUGGCCUGACAGCCAGCCUGGGGAGCGGCAUGCCCCUGGGCAAGGAGGGUCCCUUCGUUCACAUCGCCAGCAUCUGCGCCGCCGUGCUCAGCCGAUUCAUGUCACUCUUCUCGGGUGUGUAUGAGAAUCCUUAUGCCUACACAGACAUCCUCACAGUGGGCUGCGCUGUGGGGGUGGGCUGCUGCUUUGGCACACCCCUUGGAGGAGUGUUGUUCAGCAUUGAGGUUACAUCUACCUCUUUCGCUGUGAGGAAUUACUGGAGGGGAUACUUCGCCGCCACCUUCAGCGCCUUCAUAUUCCGAGUGCUGGCUGUGUGGAAUAAAGAUGCCGUUACCAUCACCGCUCUCUUCCGCACCAAUUUCCGGAUGGAGUUUCCCUUCGACCUUCAGGAGCUGCCAGCGUUUGCCAUUAUUGGCAUUUCUUGCGGAUUUCUUGGUGCCUUUUUCGUUUUCCUGAAUCGCCAAGUGGUGCUGGUGAUGAGGAAACAGAACGCCCUGACCCGCUUCCUGACCAAACACCGACUGAUUUACCCGGCCGUGGUGACCUUAGUUAUCGCAUCACUGACCUUUCCCCCUGGAUUUGGACAGUUCAUGGCCGGAGAGUUAAUGCCAAGAGAAGCAAUUAACUCCCUGUUCGAUAAUUACACCUGGACCAAAAUCUGGGGCUCCCCUCCCCCGCCUGGCCUUGGCCGCUCGACGGCAUGGCUACACCCCCAAGUCAAUGUCUUUUUCAUCAUCAUCCUCUUCAUUGUCAUGAAGUUCUGGAUGUCUGCUGUCGCCACGACGAUGCCCAUCCCAUCAGGUUCCUUCAUGCCAGUCUUCGUCUUGGGAGCAGCAUUUGGCAGAUUAGUGGGUGAGGUCAUGGCUACCCUCUUCCCCAAUGGCAUCCUCUUUGAUGGCAUAGUGUACCGCAUCCUGCCAGGAGGAUAUGCAGUCAUCGGGGCUGCUGCCAUGACGGGCGCUGUCACCCAUACGGUGUCCACAGCGGUGAUCUGCUUCGAGCUGACAGGUCAGAUCUCUCACAUUCUACCCAUGAUGGUGGCUGUCAUUUUGGCCAACAUGGUGGCCCAAGGGUUGCAGCCCUCGCUGUACGACUCCAUCAUUCAGAUCAAGAAGCUGCCUUACCUCCCAGAGCUGGGAUUGGGGCACAUCAGCAAGUAUAACAUCUUUGUGGAAGAUAUUAUGGUGAAGAAAGUGAAGUUCGUUUCCUCGCGGUCCACAUACAGAGAGCUUAAAAGUCUGCUGCAGUCCACAUCACUGAAAACUCUCCCGCUGGUCGAAUCAGAGGAUUCAAUGAUCCUUCUGGGCUCGGUUGAGACGGCAGACCUUCAGGUGAUCUCUGAUUGGUGGCUCUCAAAUGAGCGCAGGCUCCUCUGCCAGGGCCGAGGACUGGCUUCCAGGGUCAGCUGGGAAUCAUUCGCCUUCGUGGACGAGGAGGCAGGGGAGGAGACGAGAGACCGGAGCACCUCUGUGCAGGAGGAGCAAAACGGGCCCCUCCCACCUCCUAAACCCCAGGAGCCGCUAGCUAGCCACCCGGUUCCCAACCAAGGCCCCCCGCGGGCUCUGAGGAACGCCUUCCUGCAUUUCUUCUUCCCGUGUGCAGACAGGCACAGCGAUGCGCAGGCACACAGAACACCUUCUCUUGUGGAUACAAUGACGCCAGAAGAGAUCAAAGCCUGGGAGGAAGCAGAGCUGGACAAGCAAAUAGACAUCGAGCAGCUCCGCGUGGACCCCUCCCCUUUCCAGCUGGUGGAGAAGACCUCCCUGCACAAGACUCACGCCCUGUUCUCCCUGCUGGGCAUCAGUCACGCUUACGUUACCAGCAUUGGGAAGAUAGUUGGAGUCGUUGCCCUGAAGGAGCUCCAGAAGGCCAUCGAGGGCUCCACCCGCAGUGGGGUGCGUCUACGCCCCCCGCUGGCCAGUUUCCGUGAAGCCAGUCGAAAGGCUAAGAAGCCAGCCCAGGCAUCCUCUGCCCCGUCCUCCCCAAAGGACGGCUGGAGAGAGGGUUCCAGGAGAGACCCCAAGGAUGGUACAGGUGCAGGGGCGGGAGGGGGCACUUCUGGUGACGGGACACCGGUCGCCGAAAGGGGACCGGUAAGUCCCCCAACAUCCCCCACAUCCCCCACAUCCUCCUUGUCCAUUGCUCUAUCAGCUCUCCGACCUACCCUGAAGCGGAAGAGGGAUGAGGAGAAACAGAGUGAAGAAGAGCAAAUCUAGACAAGAGUAAGGUGGUCACGUGACCAUGUCGUGUCAGAAAGACUAAUUUUCUCUCCUUAUUAUUUGGUGGCUGUGUACUCAUCUGGAGGUGCUUUCAAGGUCGGCGAAAACGUAUGAGAGAAUGCACUUGGUGCAGCUAAAGUACAUAAAGAAUGAUACAGGGCCACCGGGGGCUUAUGGGAAAUGUAGUUCUAUUGUGUAGUUUCCAUGCUGACACUUUUAUCUUAUCUAUAAGGUGUCUUCUCAUUUUCCGUUUCUCAGGAUUUUUUUCUUAAGUCUUUAACUUGCAAAAGAAUGAAUGGUUGAUUUUUUUUUCUCUUUAUUUUGAUGUAUGCUUUUUAAGUGCCUGUCCGUGCUUUUUGAUUUACUCUAGGAUGUUUUCGUUGAUCAGCUCUGGCAAUCGGCGUGCUUGUGAAAAGCACACGUCCACCCCGUGUAUGUUUCCGUCUGUCUACGGUAGUAACUGUCAGGAAUGUAUGAAAAGGGAAUCAGCUCUUUUGUUGUAAUUCAGUUUUUUUUUGUGAUUAAAUCUUCAUUGUAGACAAUUUGUGUAAGUUAACUAAUGAAUGUAUUUACUUAAUUCAGUCAGAGAUUACAACAGUUAUUCAUACUGAUUAUUAUUAUUAUUAUUAUGUAUAAUAAAUACUGAAUUUA